AACAGAGAUCAGACUCUUUAGAAACCUGUUCUGUCUCUGUGAAGAGUAACAUGUCUAUGUCUCAACCCAAUGACCUCUGAACUUAGGGUAGAUGACAAACAUGUAGCCUUUCUGUGCCGACCAGUGGAUGAUCAAAUACACAGAGUUAAACACCAGCACAAAAACAGCAUGAAAAAAAGGUUUGAGAGAUUAUUUGAGGUAAUCAAAUUGCAAGAAAAUGAAACCCUCUUGAACAGGAUCUACACACAGCUCGACAUCAUAGAAGGAGAGAGUGAAGGAGUGAAUGAGGAACAUGAGGUUUUACAGAUGGAGAAAACAGCCAAAACAAAACACUCACAAGACACUUCAAUUUACUGCAAUGACAUCUUUAAAGCCUCGUCUGAAACAGGAUGUGAGGAGAAGGACCAGAUUAAGACUGUUCUUACUAAAGGCAUUGCUGGAAUCGGGAAAACCGUCUCUGUGCAGAAGUUCAUUCUGGACUGGGCAGAGGGAAAAGCCAAUCAGGAUUUGGACUUCAUGUUUGUGCUUCCAUUUCGAGAGCUGAACUUGAUCCGAGAUCAUCAGUACAGUCUUCACAGACUUCUGCUUGACUUUUAUCCUGAAUUACAAAAUCUGGACUUAAAGGUUUAUGAGGAGUGUAAGAUUGUGUUCAUAUUUGAUGGUCUGGAUGAAAGCAGAAUUACACUGAUGUUUUCCGAUUUUCAGAAAGUUUGUGAUGUGCCUGAGACUUCAUCAGUAAGUAUGUUGAUGUCAAAACUCAUGAAAGGAGAGCUUCUUCCCUCUGCUCUCAUCUGGAUCACCUCAAGACCAGCAACAGCCAAUCAGAUCCCAUCCAAAUACAUCAACCGUCUGACAGAAAUUGAUGGAUUCAGUGACCUUCAGAAGGAGGAAUAUUUCAGGAAGAGAAUCAGUGAUGAGCAUCAAGCCAGCAUAAUCAUCUCACACAUCAGAAGAGUAACAAGCCUUCACAUCAUGUGCCACAUACCCGUCUUCUGCUGGAUCUCAUCCAUUGUGCUUCAAAAUGCAGAAAUGCCUCAAACUCUGACUGAAAUGUACAUCCACUUCCUGCUGAUUCAGAUCAACAUGAGGAACCAGAAGUAUCAAGAGAGAGAUUCAAGGAAACUCCUGCAGACCAACAGAAAAGUGAUUAUGAAACUUGCUGAAGUGGCUUUCAAUCAGCUGAUGAAGGGCAAUGUGCUGUUCUAUGAGGAGGACCUAACUGAAAGUGGCAUAGAUGUAACUGAGGCCUCAGUGUAUUCUGGGGUUUGCACUGAAAUUUUUAAGGAGAAUUGGGUGUUACAUCAGAGGAAAGUCUACAGUUUCAUUCAUCUGACUGUUCAGGAGUUUCUAGCAGCUUUUUAUGUGUUCAUUUUUUAUGUAAGUACGAUAGUGGAUGGACUAAAAAAUUUUGUUUCAUUACAAAAUUUACUUAAAGGUGCAGUAGAUAAAACUGGACACCUGGAUCAUCUCUUGUGUUUCCUGUUGGGUGUCUCACUGGAGUCCAAUCAGAGACUUUUAAAGGAUCUACUGAUACACACAGUAAACAGCUCAGAGAGCAUCAGGAUAACCCCACAAUACAUUACAGAGAAGAUCAAAGAUGGACAGCAACUUUCCACUGAAAAAUCCAUAAAUUUAUUUCACUGUAUGCUUGAAGUAAAAGAUCACACUCUGUCCAGAGAGAUUCAAGAGUUUGUAAAAUCGGACAAACAGUUAGAGAAAAAGCUCUCUCCUGCUCACUGCUCAACAAUUGCCUACAUGUUUCAGAUGUCAGAGGAACCGUUCGAUGAGUUGGACCUCAAAAAAUACAAUACAUCAGAUGAAGGAAGAAGAAGAUUUAUACCAGCUUUAUUCAACUGCACAAAAGCUUAUUUGGCUGACUGUAGUAUUACUGCUCAGGAAUGUGAAAUUGUGUCUUCAGCUCUACAGUUCUCAAACUCUGUCCUAAGAGAGCUGGAUCUUGGUAACAAUGAUCUGCAGGAUUCAGGAGUGAAGCUGCUUUCUGAAGGAUUGAAGAGUUCAAACUUUCAACUGGAGAUACUGAGGUUGUCAGGUUGUAUGGUGACAGAGGAAGGCUGUGGCUAUUUGUCUUCAGCUCUGACUUCAAACCCCUCACAUCUGAGAGAGCUGGAUCUGAGCUACAAUCAUCCAGGACCAUCAGGGGUCCAGCUGCUUCAACACAAACUGGAGGAUCCAGACUGUAAACUGCAGAUACUCAAUUUGGAUCACGGACACCCUUGCAGAAUUACUCCAACACUGAGAAAAUAUGCCUGUGAUCUCACACUUGAUCCAAACACAGCAAACGCUUACAUCAUUCUGAUUGAUGAGAACCGAAAGGCAACAUACGCGAAAAAGCCGCAACCAUAUCCUGAUCAUCCAGAGAGAUUUGUUGGUGGUGAGCGGGUUCUGUGCCGAGAGCGUCUGACUGGACGCUGCUACUGGGAGGUUGAAUGGAGCGGUUGGGGUCAUGCAGCAGUGACAUAUAAAGGAAUUGGGAGAAAGGGAGGCAGUGACUUUAGAUUUGGAUACAACGACAAAUCCUGGAGUCUGGAUUACUCUGAUAACAAAUUCACUGUCUGGCACAAUAAAAAACGAAAGGACUUACCACUCACUUCAUCCACGUUUGAUAGAGUAGGAGUGUAUGUGGAUGUGUCAGCUGGCACUCUGUCCUUCUACACCGUCUCUGACACACACACACUCACACACUUACACACAUACAACACCACAUUCACUGAACCCCUCUACGCCGGAUUUAGAGUAUUUGAAACCUCAUUGACUCUGUGUCAGAUUCAAAACGAAGAGAAGGUUAACUAACUGAUCGUUUGAAAACGGGUAAGAGUGAAAAGUAAAAAACUUUCCAGUGUUCAUUAUUUCCAGUAUUCUGAAGUGAAAAUCAUCAUAACUCCCUAAUAACCACGGAUGUCUUUGUAAGCAUUUGAGAUGUACGUAAGGUUUUAGAUAGUAAUGCCUUAAGAUCUUUCUGAAGAAACUAAUUGUUUGGACCCGUAUUCUAAAGUGAAGAUCAUGGUAAUGAUUUAAAUCUAGCAAAGUGAACUACUAACCAGAGCCUUACAAAAACCACAAAGGUUUACAAUGAUUUCAGUAAUUACUAGAGAGUUAUGAUUAUCUUUGCUUUAGAAUAUUAAUCCAAAAAAUAGUAAUUCCUUUAGAAGCAUCUAGUAACUACUAUUUAAUAUGAAACACACAAAAGCUUACAAUGAUUUCAUAAUCAUAAUCUUCACUUCACUACUGAUCCUAAUAAUUAUUAGUUCUCUCUGAAGCAAGUCAUUGCUAGUGGGUUACCAUGACCUUCCUUUUAGAAUUAAUUGUACAUCAUGUAGUAUUCAUAUUAAUUAUGAAGCUGUAUACAGUAAUUAUUAAUAGUUUUUGGGGAGGUAUAAAGCAAAAAUAGUUGAUUAGCUAAUAGUGAACUACCACAUUCGCUUAUUUCAUUAUGUGCAGUAAUUGCUCUACAAUUAACUAAGCGUUAAUUAUGAGUCACAAAUAACGUUGUCAUUAUGUUUUAAACAGGGCCACUUUGUGGAAUAAAGUUGAAUUGCACUCACUGAUUCUUCAAACAUGUAAUUGUUGUUUAAUGUUAAAUUUUUCCUGCUGUUGUGGAGCAGUCCAGUGUCAUGACAAAGAAGGCUGAUCCUGAUUGGUGUGCAUCUUGUGUGCAUUCCAAGUGCUGAUUGGCUGAUUCACAGAUAGAACCUUUAUAGAACCAAGUUUGAGUUGGUUCAGCCAAACACUAAUCAUCAAUUCUGUCAGGGUAUUUAAACUUUUGAGCUAAAUUGUAAAAUUAUAAUAAUGCUAUGUGAUAAUUACUAUAAUUACAACACCUUUGUUUAAUGAAACAUUGUGUCUCAACAUACUAUACCGAUACUGAUGAGGCAUGACAAAAAAAAAAAAAAAUACAUAUACAUAUAUACAUACAGGGUGUAAAUUGCAAUGAACUCUGGAGAGUGUCAGCUAUUGAUUAUUAAGGGAAUUUGCAAACGUCGUACUGAUUUUAUACAAUAAAUAUCACAUGACUGACAUUGUCUGACUUGUAGUAAUAACCUAUUUAUAAAGACAGUCACUUGCUUCACUCCUAAAUGAAUCAACCAUUCGAAUGAUUCAAUGCAAUGAAAGAAUAAGCA